ACUAGACUGACCUAAAAGACGCAACACUCUUCUGUGGUCUGGUGACUCAUCUUGAGGCGCGCAGCAAGACAUGAGUGGAAUGAGAUGAGUACGCUGACCAACAAAGCCCUUGUUAGUCGUGCAGAUAAGGGAGACCAUUCACGGCGCCCCUACAAUGUGCUUCAGCAAGUGGCAUUUGUGCAGAUGUCGUUCUCCACGAUACUACGACCGGAACUUGGGCCCAAGUUGGAAGCGCAUUUGCUUGCCCCUGAAAAGUGACAGACAGAACAUCCAGGAUGUUUUCUGCUCUUAAUGGCGCCAAGCUGCCAGCUAGCAAAAUUUGCUCAGUCAACCUCUCACUGAUACAGUCAUGACGGCGUCGUCUACCAGCGAUGAACUUGAGAAGACUCAUCUGUCCAAGGUGACAGAGGAUGGAAUCUCCUUAGAAAGGUUCGCAAGUUAUGAAAUGCGCGAAAUCAACGAGACCAGCAAGCACAACGACAAAGGACCAUGGCCCAUCGCCAGCUCUGCUCCACCAGUGACUGAUGACGAUGAAGCGGAGGAUAGUCCUUACUUCAUGGUCAGAGCAGCUGUGCCUCCCACUGACGACCCAGACUUGCCAGUCAACACCAUCCGCAUGUGGGCAACUGGCAUCAUCUUUGCUUGUAUUGGAUCGGCCAUCAACACAACCCUUAGCUUGCACGCGCCUGUUGUGUAUGUCUCACCAACUGUUGCUCAGCUAUUGGCUUACUUCGUCGGCAAUAUGUGGGCCAAAAUCUUGCCAACACGCGUUUUCACCACUUUUGGAAAGAAAUGGACGCUGAAUCCUGGCCCUUUCAACCACAAAGAGCAUACCUGCAUCGCCAUCAUGGCAACAGUCGGGUUUGGCAACGACUAUGUGAGUAGUUUUGUCACGUCACACCAUGCUUUUUACAAGCAAGACUUUGGCUUGUUGUUCCAACUCAUGCUCUCCUGGACGGUACAGAUUCUUGGGUUAUCGCUAGCCGGCAUUGCUCGUCGUUUCCUAGUCUACCCUGCUUCCGCCAUGUGGCCGAGUGUUCUUGCUCAAUCCACAAUGAUUCACACACUUCACCAGGGAAGGGAACCACCCGCCGAAGGUCGAUGGAGUACCAUAACCCGAAGGAACUUUCUCCUCGUCGUCAUCCUUGGCUGUUUCCUCUGGCACUUCUUCCCGCUCUUCAUCUUCCCGGCUAUGUCACAACCUGUCUUCUUGACGUGGAUAUGGCCCAACAACGUGUUGAUCAACCAAUUGUUUGGCGCCUCGCAAGGACUUGGUCUCUUACCCUUGACCUUCGACUGGAGUGUCGUCAGUGGAUAUCAAGGAAGUCCUUUAGUCGUUCCGUGGCAUGCCAUUGCGAAUGUUUUGGUCGGCAUAUUCGUCAUUUUUGUUGUUGGUGCAAUCAGCCUCAGCUUUGGCAAUGUUUGGUACGGAGACUACCUACCAAUCUCAGAGGGCAUGGCAUAUGACAACACGCAAAUGCCCUUCAAUGCAAGCUCACUCUUGACACCUGACUUUCAGCUAGACCCAGUGAAGUACCAGAACUACUCGCCUUUGUUCUUGCCCACGGGAUUUGCUAUCGCCUACGGAGUGAGCUUUGCUGCUCUUGCUUCUACGUUACCUUAUGUCUAUCUGUACCAUGGCGCAGGCCUUCGACGACAGUUCUUCCGCAAGGACGAAGAGGAUAUUCACAUGAAGUUGAUGCGAAAGUAUCCCGAAACGCCAGACUGGUGGUAUGUUGUGCUCUAUAUCGUCAUGUUCUCCAUGGCGUUUGCUGUUGCAACGGUUUGGCCUACACACCUGGCUUGGUGGGCUGUGGCACUCAGCAUCGUGAUUGCAAUCUUCUACAUCGUUCCUAUUGGCAUCGUUGCUUCCAUUACCAAUAUCUACAUCGGUCUCAACGUGCUCACAGAAUUCAUCAUUGGAUACUUGCAGCCAGGCAAGCCGGUAGCAAUGAUGCUUUUCAAGACUUACGGAUACAUUUCGAUGAGCCAAGCGUUGACUUUUACGGCUGAUAUGAAAUUGGCUCAUUACAUGAAAGUGCCACAACGUCAGGUGUUUUGGGUUCAGCUCAUUGGCACAUUCAUUGGUGCAACCGUCGAUAUCUUCGCAUUGCGAGCAGCCUUGUUCAACAUUCCGGACGUCUGUACGAAAAAGGCUCCUCUGAAUUUUAGGUGCUCUCAGCCGAGAGUCUUCUUCAGUGCAUCCAUCAUUUGGGGCUUAUUGGGGCCUGCGCGUAUCUUCAGCCUAGGCAAGGUCUACAGCGGUUUGCUUCUUUUCUUCCCGAUUGGCUUCAUCACGCCCAUUUUGACUUGGUUGUACAUCAAAAAGUAUCCCAAAUCAUGGGUCCGCUGGGUCAAUUUCCCAGUCAUGUUUUCUGGGGUUGGUUCGAUGCCUCCCGCAACGAUUCUCAAUUAUGCAACAUGGGGUAUAGUUGGCUUUGUCGCCAACUUUAUGAUCAAGAAGAGUCACCCAAAAUGGUGGACCAAAUACAACUAUGUUCUGUCUGUUGCGCUGGACAUUGGCUUGACGUUGUGCUCCAUCUCCCUUCUUGGUUUUUUUGGUCUGGUGUCCAGAACCGAAAUGCCGCGAUGGUGGGGAACGGAGAUUGGGUCAAAUACUCUGGAGAACAAGGGCUUAGCAAUUCGCAAGAUACUGUCAGAGGGAGAAACGUUCGGGCCGCCUCUCGGCAGCUGGAAUUAGGCAGCACUCAAUCGAGGUGAAGCAAGACUUAAGAGCGUUCGCAGCAGUUUACCUUUUCCAAUCAAUUCUGCUGGCCAGCUCAUAGUUGAGAGAUAUCGUUUGAUCCAUCGUACUUUGACAAUCUUUUACACCUGUCAGA